CUUUGUAAGUAGGCUGGUUUACAGUCGUUUAAACUAGGUUUCGUUGUAGGUAAGUUUGUCGUAGUGAGUUGUCAUACUGUCCUGCUUCACGGAGAGUUUAAAGGUAGAAUACGUUACCACAGCCACGAGCUUCCUACUGUGUGUUCUUGUAGUGGCCAUGUCUGACAUAGGUAAUGGUAGCAGAAAACCAGAUGGAGAUGACAGUGUGGAUGCCAAGGGGUUUGAACCUAAAGGGUCUCACAGCGGACCUGUUCAUGCAAAUGCCAAAGCACUUUCUGAUGUAUUCAGGUACCGAACAGAUUACCCUAAACUUGGGAGGUGCGUCAUCAUCAACAACAAGAAUUUUAACCCUGAAACAGGGAUGGGAGACCGAGCUGGAACAGAUGUGGAUGCAGGAAAAGUGGUGAAAGUCUUCAGAGAGCUGGGUUUCAGUCCUUCUGUCCAAACCAAUCGAACCGUUUCACAAAUGAGGCAGAUUUUAACAGCAGCAUCCAAGGAGGACCACAGCCAGUCAGCCAUGUUUGUCUGUGUGCUGCUGAGUCAUGGGGAUGAAGACGUGAUCUAUGGCACUGAUGGAUGCCUGGAGCUGAAGGAGCUAACACGACUCUUCAGAGGAAACCAGUGUAAAUCUCUAGUUGGCAAACCUAAACUCUUCUUCAUACAGGCGUGUCGUGGAACAGAGUUGGACCCUGGCAUCGAGACUGACAGUAGUCCUGAUUCAGAGACUGCAUGCAAGAUUCCUGUUGAAGCAGAUUUCUUGUAUGCAUACUCCACUGCUCCAGGUUAUUAUGCUUGGAGAAACACAGCCAACGGGUCAUGGUUCAUAUGCGCCCUGUGUGAGAUGCUGGAAAAAUAUGGCAGAGAGCUGGAGAUCAUGCAGAUCAUGACACGUGUGAACCGCAAGGUGGCGCUGGAGUUCCAAUCUUCUUCCAACAUGCCAGGAUUUGACGCUAUGAAACAAAUACCAUGCAUUAUGUCCAUGCUGACCAAAGAGCUGUACUUUCCAAAGUGAUUUUCAAAACAAAUGAAGUUAGAUCUAGGAGGGAGUAUUAUUAUUUAAAAAAAGACAGAAGUUUAGUUGCUGCACACUACACAGUGGCCUUUCACAGGGGCCAGCAAAGGCAAAUCAAAGAAUAACACAACAGUAACACAGACGGGUUUUUUUUAUUUUUUACAACUGUUUACUCUACCCACAAUCAAGAGAAAGACUCUGUGUGAUUUAGUCAAGCUUUAGCUAGACUGUUCUCUGGUUCUGCUCUAAAAUGUGUCACAUUUCUAAUGUUGCAGUGAAGCAUAAGAUAUUAUUCUUAGUCUUAUAGUAGAGUCAGACUAGUAUAGUAUAGUAAGUAUAGUAUAGACUAGUAUAGUAGAGUAAGUGUAGUACAGAUAGUCUUAUAUUUUCUUAUAUGAACUCAGGGUCCUUGAAUAAACAUCUUUAGAAACAUA